AUGGAGACCGGCGCCUGCCCACAUCCGCUGCGCCUGUUCAUCUGCCUGAUGCCGCUGUGUCUCGCCUUGCUUUUGGGACCGGGGAGGCCCGGGACCGCCGAGGAAGUCAUCCUCUUGGAUUCCAAAGCUUCCCAAGCUGAGCUGGGCUGGACUGCACUGCCAAGUAAUGGGUGGGAGGAGAUCAGCGGCGUGGACGAGCACGACCGUCCCAUCCGCACAUACCAGGUGUGCAACGUGCUGGAGCCCAACCAGGACAACUGGCUGCAGACUGGCUGGAUCAGCCGCGGGCGCGGGCAGCGCAUCUUUGUGGAGCUGCAGUUCACACUGCGUGACUGCAGCAGCAUCCCCGGAGCCGCGGGCACCUGCAAGGAGACUUUCAAUGUCUACUACCUGGAAACCGAGGCCGAUCUGGGCCGCGGGCGUACCCGCCCAGGUGGCAGCCGGCCCCGCAAGAUCGACACGAUCGCGGCAGACGAGAGCUUCACUCAGGGCGACCUGGGUGAGCGCAAGAUGAAGCUGAACACGGAGGUGCGCGAGAUCGGUCCGCUCAGCCGGCGGGGUUUCCACUUGGCCUUCCAGGACGUGGGCGCAUGCGUGGCUCUAGUCUCUGUGCGCGUCUACUACAAGCAGUGCCGCGCCACGGUGCGGGGUCUGGCGGCAUUCCCAGCCACCGCAGCCGAGAGCGCCUUCUCCACGCUGGUGGAGGUGACCGGAACGUGCGUGGCACACUCAGAAGGGGAGCCCGGCAGCCCCCCGCGCAUGCACUGCGGCGCCGAUGGCGAGUGGCUGGUGCCCGUGGGCCGGUGCAGCUGCAGUGCGGGAUUCCAAGAACGCGGUGACAUCUGUGAAGCCUGUCCCCCAGGGUUUUACAAGGUGUCCCCGAGGCGGCCUUUCUGCUCGCCGUGCCCAGAGCACAGCCGGGCCCUGGAAAACGCGUCCACGUUCUGCGUGUGCCAGGACAGCUACGCACGCUCGCCCACCGACCCGCCCUCGGCGUCCUGCACCCGGCCGCCGUCAGCGCCGCGGGACCUGCAGUACAGCCUGAGCCGCUCGCCGCUGGCGCUGCGGCUGCGCUGGCUGCCGCCGGCCGACUCGGGCGGCCGCUCGGACGUCACUUACUCGCUGCUGUGCCUGCGCUGCGGCCGCGAGGGCCCGGCGGGCGCGUGCGAGCCGUGCGGGCCCCGCGUGGCCUUCGUGCCGCGCCAGGUGGGGCUGCGGGAGCGCGCCGCCACGCUGCUGCACCUGCGGCCCGGCGCGCGCUACACCGUGCGCGUGGCCGCGCUCAACGGCGUGUCUGGCCCGGCGGCCGCCGCAGGAGCCACCUACGCGCAGGUCACUGUCUCCACCGGGCCCGGGGCGCCCUGGGAGGAGGAUGAGAUCCGCAGGGACCGAGUGGAGCCCCAGAGUGUGUCUCUGUCGUGGCGGGAACCUAUCCCCGCGGGAGCCCCAGGGGCCAACGGCACCGAGUAUGAGGUCAGAUAUUUCGAGAAGGGUCAGAGUGAGCAGACUUACUCGACGGUGAAGACAGGGGCGCCUGCGGUCACUGUCACCAACCUGAAGCCGGCUACCCGCUACGUCUUUCAGAUCCGGGCAGCUUCCCCAGGGCCCUCCUGGGAGACCCAGAGCUUCAACCCCAGCAUUGAAGUGCUGACCCCAGGGGAGGCCACCACCGGGUCCAAGGACCAGAGCCCCGCGGUCGUCGUCACCGUGGUGACCAUCUCAGCCCUCCUCGUCCUGGGCUCUGUGAUGAGUGUGCUGGCCAUUUGGAGGAGGCCCUGCAGCUAUGGCAAAGGAGGUCGGGACGCCCACGAUGAGGAGGAGCUGUAUUUCCACUUCAAAGUCCCAACUCGCCGCACAUUCGUGGAUCCCCAGAGCUGUGGGGACCCACUGCAGGCCGUGCAUCUGUUUGCCAAGGAGCUGGAUGCAAAAAGCGUCACGCUGGAGAAGAGCCUUGGAACAGGGCGGUUUGGGGAGCUGUGCUGUGGCUGCCUGCAGCUCCCAGGCCGCCAGGAGCUCCCCGUGGCUGUGCACACGCUGAGGGAGGGCUGCUCCGACUCGCAGAGGCUCAGCUUCCUGGCCGAAGCCCUCACCCUGGGCCAGUUUGACCACAGCCAUGUGGUACGACUGGAGGGCGUGGUCACCCGAGGAAGUACCUUGAUGAUUGUCACCGAAUACAUGAGCCAUGGGGCCCUGGAUGGCUUCCUCAGGCGGCAUGAGGGCCAGCUGGUGGCUGCGCAGCUGAUGGGGCUGCUGCCCGGCCUGGCGUCGGCCAUGAAGUACCUGUCAGAAAUGGGCUACGUCCACCGGGGCCUGGCGGCGCGCCGGGUGCUGGUCAGCAGCGAGCUCAUCUGCAAGAUCUCUGGCUUUGGCCGGGGCCCCCGGGACCGAGCAGAGGCGGUCUACACCACCAUGAGUGGCCGGAGCCCGGCGCUGUGGGCCGCCCCUGAGACGCUUCAGUUUGGCCACUUCAGCUCUGCCAGCGACGUGUGGAGCUUCGGUGUCGUCAUGUGGGAGGUGAUGGCCUUCGGGGAGCGGCCCUACUGGGACAUGUCUGGCCAAGAUGUGAUCAAGGCCGUGGAGGAUGGCUUCCGGCUGCCACCCCCCAGGAACUGCCCCUCCCCUCUGCACCGGCUGAUGCUUGACUGCUGGCAGAAGGACCCGGGCGAGCGGCCCAGGUUCUCCCAGAUCCACGGCCUCCUGAGCAAGAUGAUGCAGGACCCGGAGCCCCCGAGGUGUGCCGACACCACCUGUGCCAGGCCUCCCACGCCCCUGGCAGACCGUGCCUUCUCCACCUUCCCCUCCUUUGGCUCCGUGGGCGCGUGGCUGGAGGCCCUGGACCUGGGCCGCUACAAAGAUGGCUUCGCCGCUGCGGGCUAUGGGAGCCUAGAGGCUGUGGCCGCCAUGACUGCCCAGGACCUGGUGAGCCUGGGCAUCUCGUCGGCGGAACACCGGGAGGACCUCCUCAGCGGGAUUGGUGCUCUGCGGGCCCGGGUGCUCCAGCUGCAGGGCCGGGGGGUGCAGGUGUGA